AUGGGCCUUGUUUUCGGGUCGGCGAUGGAUCUGGGGAAGGUGACGCUACCGCUGGUGAUCAGGGAGCAGUUUAUCUUCAGGCGGGAGAUCAUGCUGAAGAUGUUCUUGGGAGCGUCGGCGGGGUCGGCAUACUGCAUCGCGGGAGUGUCGCUGAUCUUCCCCAUGCACUUUGAAAUAGCUCGCGAGGGGUUCAUGAGCUCGCUACAGUGCAAGGGGCUGAUACCGAUCAUUCUGGGAGCUUUCAUCCUAGGAUGCGGCAUGUGUCUGUCAGGGUCAUGCCCAGGGAUGGUGCUGGUACAAGUCGGAGCAGGCAUCCCUUACUCGUGGCUGACGCUCAUCGGGGGCCUGUCGGGCGCGGCCUUGUAUGGGGUGGUGCAGCCCAAGAUCGAGCCGUACCUCAAGGCAGGGAAGAUGAAGUCACCGAAGAUCGAGGACUACGGGCCUCUGAAGAAGGUGCCUUUCUGGGGGCUUGCGCUUGCUCUGGCGGUCUGCAUGACCAUCUUCAUCGUCAUCCUCGAAGUGUUUUUCCCGUGGAAGGAGGAGGUGCCGGUAGGGACGACGCCUUGGAAGACGGCGCUCCCCCCAGAGCUUAUGGGGGCGAUCAUCGGCUUCCUACAGAUCCCAGCUAUCUUGUUCGUCCAAGACACCCUGGGGAGCAGCUCGGCGUACAUGACAUAUACCUCUCAGCCUCUUGCGCUAUCUCAGAACUGGCAAGUUGUGUUCAAGCACCUGAACGGAUACAGGACCGGGAUCAUCAACUGGUGGCAGGCCGUGUAUCUUGUAUCCGCCAUCGGAGGAGCCGCGAUCGCAGCCAACGCAGCAGGGACGUACGGGAAGUUCCAGGGCGUGACGCCGGGAGAGGCGUUCAUAGGAGGCUUCUGCGCCAUCUUCGGGAGCCGGCUUGCGUCGGGGUGCACGAGCGGGCAUGGGCUAUCGGGGGUCGCGCUGCUGUCACUGAAGUCGAUGUUUGCCGUGCCGGGGAUGUUUGGGGGAGGGAUAGUGCUGGGCUUCAUCUACUUCUCGGUGGACUCAUAUCACUACACGGGGCGGUUGUACAGCUAG